UUGCACAAAAAAACAAAAUUUUCAUUGUGGAUUUGGUCGCAUUUACUACAGAGCGAUUUAUUUUAUUUACAUUGCUAUUUUAUACUGAAACAGUGCAGGCCACACUAUAACUUUUUAUAGUCGUAUUUAUUCCGAGAACAAACCGAACGGACUGUGUAAAAUGCCGAGUGGAAACCUUAAAAUUCAGUGCUGAAGUUUCGCAAGAAGUAAUCUCAUGACAGAAGACCUUGCUGAAAGCGUAGAUUCUAUGAAAAAAAUCCAAAUGAUUUGCACCAAUAGAUAAUGGAUCCAAGAAUGUGCAGGAAGGUCAGUAACAGUAGCGACAGUCUCGGCGAGGUGGAGGAUGUGGAAUAUGAGCCACGGGAGGAGGUCCUGCCACAGGAGAGUGAGGAGGACCUGUACCCGCCCUGCAGCCCCGAGCCGCUGUCCGUGACCUGGCUCGACGACGACCAGAUCGAGGACCUAGACCUCAACCUAGACCAAACCAAUCUAUUUUUCCAUAGAGUUGAUAGCGCAGAUAUAAUUUAUAGAAGCAAAAAGAAAAAAUGCAAAAUGGUAGGGAAAUACGUCAUGGGAGAUAUUUUAGGGGAAGGGUCGUAUGGGAAGGUGAAGGAGAUGUUAGACUCGGAGACACUGUGUCGGAGAGCCGUAAAGAUAUUGAAGAAGAGGAAAUUGAGAAGGAUAGCAAACGGUGAACAGAAUGUGCAGCGGGAGAUACAGUUGUUACGGAUACUUAGACAUAAAAAUGUGAUAGAACUAGUCGAUGUAUUGUAUAAUGAUGAGAAACAGAAGAUGUACCUUGUUAUGGAGUUUUGUGUGGGAGUGUUGCAGGACAUGUUAGAGUCGAGUCCCGGCAAGAAGUUCCCGCAGCACCAGGCGCACCAGUACUUCACGCAGCUGCUGGACGGCAUGGAGUACCUGCACAGCCAGGGGGUCAUACACAAGGACAUCAAGCCCGGCAACCUGCUGUUGACGCUCGACCAGACAUUGAAGAUCACUGAUUUUGGUGUUGCUGAAGCGUUAGACAUGUUUUCUGCAGAAGACACUUGCUACGUCGGUCAGGGGUCACCAGCGUUUCAACCACCUGAAAUUGCCAAUGGGGCUGAAACAUUCUCUGGAUAUAAAUCUGAUAUUUGGAGUGCGGGUGUCACAUUAUACAACAUGACGACCGGCCGCUACCCGUUCGAGGGCGACAACGUGUUCCGCCUCUUGGAAGCCAUCGGACGCGGCUCGUGGGCCGGGCCGCCCGCGUCGCUCGGCGCCGCGCUGUGCUCGCUGCUGCGGCUCAUGCUGCACCGCGACCCGCGCCGCCGCCCGCCGCUGCACGAGCUACGGAGACACAAAUGGGUGCAAACGGUGCCACCUCUAGAGCCAGGAGAGAAGAUGAUAAGCCCGCGCUCCCGUCGGUCCGACGAGCUACACAACUCCACAGUAUUGCCGUAUCUAGUGGAACGGCAUUAUGCAUCGGCACAGGAGUACUUCACAGAAAGAGAGCUUAGGCAAGAGCUAGAAGAGCGAGAGUCGCGAACGCUGAGCACGGCGGAGCUGUCGGACGGGGACUCUGCGUCGCAGCGCAAGCGACGCUGGCACUCCGCGUGUGGCCGCCUGCCCGCCUGCCGCCUCACGUGAUGAUGGAGGGAGAGAGAGAGAUACGGAUGCUGGGAGGGAGAGAGAGAGAUAGAGAGUAUUGGCUUGGAUUAAACUGUAUGACAUUGGAUAUGCCAGCUAUUGUUGAAAAUGUCUGUGGUAACCUAGAAGUCAUGUUCUGCAUUGAUAGCGCAAAAAUGUGUAUUGCGAAGAAAUUCGUAGAUACUUUGUAUAAUAUAGCAUGACUCCUAAGACAGCUGUGAAACCCAUACUAUUUUACGUUUGUUUCUUUAACUUUAUUCAUUAGACAUAAAGAUCUGUCAAUCUAACGUUAUAUAGGGCUCAAGCUAUAUUUUACAAAGUAUACAUUAAAAUCAUUUUGGCGUAACUUUCAGGUUGAAAAUAGACAUUUUCACUAGACAUAUUAUGUCUUUAUUCUUACAUCUUGUUGGACGAUCUGUCUGUAACAAUCGUCGUUGUUGUCCCUUGGAUUCGACUUAGAACCAAUCACUUUCAAUCUAACUAUCAUCAGAGUAACUGCCACAACUAGUGACAUUAGAUUAGUUAGUUUAGGGCCUCCGCUGCCUUGCUGUUUUCUAUUGUUUUUAUCAACUGGUCAACUCAACGGAGGCCCUAACGGUUACCUGUAGCGUGGUCUACGCACUUGUUUCGAUUAAUGUUUAGUUUAAAUUGUUGUUUUGAUGUUAACGUAGUUUAAAAGUCACUUGUGAGAUAAGUCGUGCGGAUUGGAUGAUGUAUCUUAAACGGUUGAGUGUUGGGUGAAUGAGUUUCUUUUCACAACUAUAAUAGUUCAACGUCUACCGCACUUAACAUUGUCGAUAGAAAUGUUUCGCUUUAAGCCAACGAAACCCAGAGAGAAUCUUAUUUAUAGAAAUAUAUCUUAUGUAUACAUAUAGCCAAAUAACCCACCAUUGUCAUUAAAUUAUGAACGUAACCUAAAGAUGUAACUAGUGCCUCUUUCUUUCCAUAUACUUACAGUAGUAUAUACCUAGUACUUAUAGAAAUAAUAAUACCUACCUAUCGUGAGUUCAACAAUAAUACGAAAGCGAUAACAAUUUAAAAGAACUUAUUUUUAUAUAUAAAUACUUAAAUAAUUAUAGUGUAGUAAACAAGCAAACAAGCUUCCUGGUUUGAGUAGAAAAUAUAUAAGAGAACAAAUUAUAAUAUUGGGAUGUGUGGGUGUGCGAAUACUUGCAAAAAAACAUAAAUAAUAUGAAUGUAUCAUUGGUUUUUGUACGUUUAGCAGGAUGAGUGUACAAAAUGUCGCAAUAAGCUUUAACUGAAGGGGCGGCCAAGUAUGUUAUAUGCCUUAUAUGUUUCUGAGGCUUUCGGUCCGUUCACCAAUUGUUGAUGAAAUUAUGUCACACCUCUGCUAUUGUUAAGAAGUCAAAAAGCUCUGGGAAUUAACGGGGAAUCGCCUUAUGGCCUAAAGCCCUCGAUGAUACCCAGCUGAAGCUGUGAAAUUAAUCGCAUAAUAUUAUGUAAGAUUGCAUUAUUUUAUUACAUAACAACUGAUAGCCAGAGUAAAAUGGACGAAUGCUCGCGUUAUACUUAUGAAGCUAUAAUGACUCGGGUCGCUCUAUACAUUCUGACAAUACUACCAAAGGCCGAUUAUAAUGACGCCGUGUGACACUCAUUUUGUAGACCACAUUUUUAUAUUAUGCACAUUUCUAUUUAUGAUCUGCAUCUAGCAUUUCACUUUAUUAUUUGACUUAUACAAUUUGUUUUCAAAAUAUGAACGUUAAUUUGUAUGAUAGCGUUAAAACAUCCCGGAAUAUGACAUUGAAGAUUAUCAUGUGUUGGAUUUUGAAAGUGCAUUGUAAAGGAUUGAUAUUAUCCAUAUUUUUGAAUUGUAAAAUGUUGUGUAGAUACCUACCGACUAUUAGGUUUUGGAUGAAAUUAUAUAAAGUACAAUUAAUGAACCUAAUGCAUUGUGAAAAAGUAAUGAAAACGCAAGGUCAAGUUUAUGUCAAUAGUUGUUGUUAUCAUACAUACAUUCUCUAUUAUAUGUAGAGAUAUUUGCAUGAGGAAAUGUCUGGAAGACUAACUUAAAUUAUUCUUAUUUGAGUAUUUUGAUUGUGCUUUUCUUACUAUUAUAGAGACCUCACCUUUUUGGAAAUAUUAGUUUGAUAGAGUAGUAUUAUGUUAAAUUUAGAUUCUAUAUACUUAUACUAAUAAUUUAUAUGUGUCGGCAACGAAAAUUAAGUUGUUUUAAAGUUACGCAGAUAAUAUAACUCGGAACUUCACAUAAGUCAUUUGAUUGCAAUUACUUAUUGAUAUGUUCCUUUGUUAAUAAAUUUAUACUAUUUUUUUAUUAAAUUUGUUUUCUAUCACGAAAAAUUAUACUUACCUACGUGUUUGACAAAUGAUGGUUAUCGGUGCCUUUGCCUUAUCUUGUGAGAUAAGGUAUAAGCAUCGAUAUUAAUUAGUUUUUAUACAUUUUUGGUUGUAAUGCCAAAAGAUUCUUGUUGAACAAAAACUGUAUCGUUUAGAAAUAUAUUAGUGCAAUAAAUGCUUUUGUUAAUCCUGCAGAGUGAAAAUUGAAAUCAUAGAAAAUAUUUAUUUACGGAAUCAUCCCACUCCGACUUUUAUGUCCAUAUUGUAAUGACUCUGGCCUCGUCCAUGACGACGCGACGCCAGCUGGCGGAGCGAUAGUAUUAUUUACUCUAUGGCAGAGAAUUACGUACAAAUAUCCACCUCCACAGACUAAAUACUAGUAUUUAGUAGUAGUAUCUAGUAUUUAAUCUGUGGCCGCCGCCCCGCCAGCUCGCGAUGUGGACGCGUCCUAAGUUUGUUUUUGAUGAUGCUACCACCGUCGGCAGCGGGGGCAUAAAAAUACACCGAGGGACAGAGUGAUUUCUACAGUGCUAUAGAUUUAUAUCCUAGAAAAAAUAUGGCCAUAUUGUUAUGAGAUUACAAUGCCGAUGAUCUCUUGUCGCCAAACUAAAAAAAACUUCUCCGUUCAGAUAUUGGCGUUAUUUCGUAGUAGGUAAAUAACGCCAAUUUCUGCACUGUUAUUAUUAGUUAUUACUUGUAGUUUUCUAAUAUUUUUAUUUCAAUUCGAAAAAGUGAGGUCUCACGUUGCAGUUUCUAUUGCAUUACAACUUCAAACUGUUAAUCAAGUUUUGUGUGAACUGAUUUAGAUACAUUAAUAAAGAGAAAACAAGAGGAAUAUUAAUAUAUUGUAAAUAAAAAUUUAAACUAA